CGGGACUUUCACCAUUUUGGUCUCGGGGCUAGCGCACAGCAGCUAGCUGUUCGGUGUUAGCUUACACGCCGCAUCUUUACGUUGUUGUGGUUAUUUAUCUAUUUUUUUUAAUAAUUUCCCGCUUUAUUAAUUAAAGUUGAGUGAACAGAGCGGAUUCCUCCUUCAGAACCGAACCAGAAUCUUUCUUCGUCUGAGAAAUGGACGGAGAAGAGGACGAUUUCAUGUCCGGGAGCCACUCAGAUGAUGGCGGUGGAACUCCGGUUCAGGACGAACACCCGGCGUCAGACGGCGAGGAGGCGCGGAGCGACGGGCGCCAUUCAGAGGACGAAGGCAGCAACGAUGGCGACGCUCCCCCUCGUCCGGCCUCAACAGCCAGCGACUCCGACAACGACGACCGACCCGGAGCUGACAGCGACUCGGAGGCCGAGGCCCCCGGGCGCCACGGCAACGGCAACAAGAGCGACUCGGAGGCGGAGGCUCCUCGACCGGCUGACAGCGACGACGACGCGCCCGUCAAACGCAGGAGGAGGAGCGCGUCCGACGAGGAGGAGCAGCGCAGGGCCAGCGACAACGAGGAGCCGUCGCCGGUGAAACACAGAGCGUCGGACAACGAGGAGGACGACGCCCCGUCUCCCGCCAAGCGCCGGGGCAGCAGCUCGGACAUGGAGGACGGCGAGGACAACAGGCCCAAAGCGGCCGCAGACAGCGACUCAGAAAACGAGGACGGAAAACGAAGACGCCGCUCAGACGGCGACAGUGACUCUGACACAGAGACGAGGAGCAGCAAACGCAAGGCGGCGCAGAUAGACUCUGAUGAGGAGGAGAAACAGGAGGAGGGAGGAGGAGCCAAGUGGAAGGCAGUGAUGCAGUCUGACAGCGACGAGGAGGAGGCAGGAGGAGGAGGGAGGAGGAAGAGGAAGGCUGCAGCAGGAAGUGAUGGAGAGAAGGAGGACGACGAGGAGGAGGAGAGGAGGAGGAGAGACGACAGUGACGAAGACGAGAAGCCAGUGAAGAGGAAGAAAGCCAUCCUGUCAGACAGUGAGGAUGAGGAGGAGGACGAGGAGAAGGAGAAACCAGUGAAGAGGAGUCGCGCGAUGUCGGACGACGACAACUCCGACAGCGACGGCGGCUUCGUGGGUCCCGACAAAACUCUGGCGGCCAAACUGAAAGAACUGGGCUCGGACAGCGAGAGCGAGGACGAGAGGACGAAGGAGGCGGGAGGCAAGAAGGACGAGAAGGCUCUGUUUGGAAGCGACAGUGAAUCCGGAGACGAGGAGGAGAAAAUGAUCGCGGACAUCUUCGGAGAGUCUGGGGACGAGGAGGAGGAGGAGUUCACGGGUUUCAACCAGGAGGAGCUGGAGGGCGACAAGAAGGAGGCGAAGGAGCGUCAGCAGCAGGUGGACGAGGACUCGGACUCUGACGAAGGCGUCGACCGCAGCGGCCAAGACACCAGCUUCAUGUCGGACUUCGACAUCAUGCUCGCACGGAGAAAAGCCAUGAACAGCAAGAAGAGGCGGCACCGCGACGGAGGGACGUUCAUCAGCGACGCCGACGACGUGGUCAGCGCCAUGAUCACCAAGAUGAACGAGGCCGCGGAGGAGGAUCGGACGCUGAACAGCCAGAAGAAACCGGCGCUGAAGAAACUCACUCUGCUGCCGCAGGUCGUCAUGCACCUGAAGAAACAGGACCUGAAGGAGACGUUUAUUGACAGCGGCGUCAUGUCGGCCAUUAAAGAGUGGAUCAGCCCCCUCCCAGAUAAAUCGCUGCCGGCUCUCAGGAUCAGAGAGGAGCUGCUCAGGAUCCUUCAGGAGCUCCCCAGUGUGAGUCAGGAGACUCUGAAACACAGCGGCAUCGGACGAGCCGUCAUGUUCCUCUACAAACACCCCAAAGAGUCCCGGUCCAACAAAGACCUGGCCCUCAAACUAAUCAACGAGUGGUCUCGGCCGAUCUUCGGUUUGACGUCCAACUACAAGGGGAUGACGAGAGAAGAGCGUCAGCAGAGAGACCUGGACCAGCAGAUGCCUCAGAGACGACGUCUCAGUCAGCCUCAGAAGGUGGAGAGGACGGAGGAACCCGACGUCUUCUCUCCACCGUCCAGCUCUGGAGGACAGACGCCUCGCAGGGACCUGGAGAAACAGCUGACGGGAGAAGAGAAAGCUCUUAGACCCGGUGACCCUGGUUUCUGUGCCCGUGCUCGGGUACCGAUGCCUUCCAACAAAGACUACGUGGUUCGGCCCAAAUGGAACGUGGAGGGAGACUCUACCAGGGGUCCCAUGAAGAAGGGAAUGUCCCGGGUGGAUAAACAGAUGCGAAGGUUUGCAGACAUCCGGCGGCUAACGAAGACGGGCCACGCCGUCAAGAUCAGCGUGGAAGGCAACAGGAUGCCGCUCUGAUUGUUUUAUUUUUUUAUUUUUUAUUUUAACGUCCAUAGAAUUUAUCGUAUUUUCUUUUUGUUUCCUGAACAAACCUCAGCGGCGCCCCCCUCAGGUCCAGCUCUGCCUUACAGAGGCUGAGGUCCGUGAAUGUGAGCUCAGGCUCGUCAUCUCUCUGAGCAACAAACCGAACGUACGAUCUCUAAAUAAUGAACAACACAGGCUAACCCUAGCAGCUAGCUAUAUUAGCUUCACCUCCAAACCUACAGGAUCCACAGUGUUGGCUCAUAGUAGCACUGAGCUAGAUUUGCUUAAUGUUAAGACGCAUUCUGUUAGCAUAGCUCAUCCCAUACUUUAUGUAAGUAAAGUAUGUUAGCUAGGUUUGAGCUCACUGCUAACGUUAACCAUUUUGUCUGGUUGUAAUUUUAGCUUGCAUGAACUGGGCUAUGUUAGCUUUAGAUUAGAACCAACUAAGGGAGCUAACGUUAGCAUUGAGCUAACUGUAAUGUUAGAAAAUGUUAGCGAACAUUUGGAGGUAAAACUGAUAUUGGUUGAUUCUAACUUCACCCUAAGGCUGUUGCUGUUAUCUCCAAAUAUUAGCUACAUUAGCUUUACCUCCAAAUCAUUUAGCAUGAACUUUGCCCCAUGUUGAGUAAUGCUAGCAGAAAUUCAUGUUAGCAUUGAGCUCUGUUUUGAAGUCUGUAAAAACCAAAAAAGCAAGAGAUGCCAGUUGUGUUAGCUUUAUCUCUUAAAACGAGAUAAUUAAUGCUAGCAGACAGCUAGCUAGCAUUAAUCUUGUCGUGGGUUAUGGCUGACGACACGGACAUUACAUGUGUGUAAUGUUCGUGAUAUAACUGAGGUUGGUUCAUGCUAACUAGAGUGCUAGCUAACGUGAACAGUGCCUACGACAUUAGUCAAUAUUAGAUUUAUGGUAUAAAAGACUAAUUAGCAGUUUGCCGUGAACUUCAUGUUAGCAUUGAGCUGGGUAAUGCUAGGAGUAAUGCCAGUCUUAUGUUAGCUUCAUCUCGCCGGGGCUGUAACAUUAGCUGAUGUUAGCAGUUAGGUGGUGCUAGCAUUCCUUUGAUGACUUUUAGUCACCGUUAGCGUUGAGCUAUCACUGUUUUUAGCCACAAACCUCCACCUACACGGGUUUAUUGGGUUAGCUCAUGUUAGCAGUUAGCUUUUCUUCUUAGCGACUUUUAAAUAAUGGACGUUUGCUUCUAGACAUGAGUUGGUGGUUUGUUGUUCAGAGAGCCGACGAGUCUGGAAGAAUAAAUAAAUAAACUCGUCUCUAAGUGAAAGUGUUUGUAUUUUGCUGAUUGUCUGGUUCAUUAUGUCCUCACAGAGUUCACGUUUCUUAAUAAAGACUCAACAGAAA